AUGACGCUACAAAUUCUGCCAAGACUAUCGAGAAGAUCAUCGACUUCCGCCGCGAAAACGGACCCCAAGAUCAGGCGACUCGUCUCUGCUCUGUCUCUCUAUCUACCCGACUCUCCCUUCUACUCUGUGUUGUCCUCUCUCCCUCCGCCUGACCCGACAAAUCCCACCUCGACGGCAACACACGCCAGCCAAGUCGCCAUCCAAAACUCGCUUCCAAUAUUGGAGGAGAUUGUUUCGUUGAUUGAAGCUGAUGAAGGCCAGAGAAUCGAAAGAGAGGUCACCAACCGCCGUCAGCGGCUCAACGCCGCAGGUCCCGAAGAGAUAGCACGAGAAGUCAAGGGAGAAGUGUUUGAACAUUCACGACUCCCAUAUUUUUAUGACGAGAUUCUUAACCAUCCGAACACCUCCGACGAGUUGCGACGUACGACGGAGUCGAAACUCCUUCGACAUAAACAGGAGUACUUGUAUGCUCUACCAACGACCGAUGAUAAAGCAGGCUUGAAGUCAAAAUUGGCAGCGGAGGUCAAGGAUCUCGUGGAUGGCAUUGUCCUACUAAAGAUUGGAGAUGAAUUGGCAUGGAACAUGUAUAUCGACGGGAAGGAUACUGAUACCAUAGAGGGAUAUGGCUACGAGAACAUGCGGCAAUUCGUGGAGUUGUUCCCGUCGGCAAAGCUCUCGCAGCUUAUUCGAGGGUACUCCUUUUACAUGAGCAUUCCUCUGUCCGAGAACGAGGACAAGGAAAAUGAAGAUGGCGAACCAGCCCCGGAUCCAGAUCCGGUAGAAGCCUUUGACAACAUGCUGGAGGCUUUUUCAAGCCUACAAUCAUCAAUCUUCGCCCACCGCGUGAUUGCCGAAGUACAUCUGCUUGAGAUGGACAAUCCUAACGCCAUUGUUGUUGCCGAGGCUGGCUUGGGACUCGUGCGAAGGACAAGCAGGAACAUAGGCAGCGACCUCUCACUAGUCCGCAAGGCUUUCAACGUCGUUCUGGCAACGUCAUUGGUACAUCAUUACCCUCCCAAGCACCACUCCCGAGCCCUCCGCGUCAUCGACGAGGUCCUCGAAUUCGAUGCCGAUAAUGUACCCUGUCUGAUGGGCCGUGGGUAUAUCUGCCAACAUGCGAAGAAAUGGCCUGAGGCGAGUCAGCUCUUCUCGCGCGUCGUGAGACUGAUACCCGAGAGUCUUGAUGACGGGCUGCGUGCGAAGGAGGAACACGCGUGGUGUUUGGUACACAUGGACCAGGUCAAGGAAGGCGCGGAUCAGCUCCAACAAACUCUCGACAUUCUCGAUAAUCUGAACGGGAGAGGCGAGGACAAGGCACGUUGUUGGUGGCGACUGGGCCGGGCACACUGGGAGAUGGGAGGUCCAGAAUUAGAAACAGCCUACAGCAAUUUCAUCAAAGCACUCAAGUGCUCCUCGACCUUCGCGCCCGCAUUCACGUCGCUGGGCAUUUACUAUGCUGAAGUGGCCAAUCCUGCAGACCCGAAUCGUGCCUCUAAGUGUUUCCAGAAAGCGUUCGAGCUCGACGCGCGAGAGGGAGAUGCGGCUAGAAGGCUUGCCGAAGGGUUUGCUGAAGAGAGUGAAUGGGACCUUGUGGAGAUUGUUGCGAGACGGACGAUCGAAGGUGAGGGCGGGCUGGAGGGAGGAGAGGUGUCUAAUCAGGGACCGGCUGGGAGAUAUCUGCCUACCAACGCAUGGGCGUGGAAGGCUGUAGGUGCGGUCGAACUGAACCGACAGAAAUACUCGUCUGCUAUCCAAUCCUUUCAAGUCGCUCUUCGUGUGGACCAAGACGACGAAUUAUCAUGGCUUCGUCUGGGCGAGGCUUAUAUCAAAGCUGGCCGUCACGUCGCUGCUACGAAAGCUCUCGCUCGUGCUCAGGAAUUGAAGCCCGACGACUGGAUAUGCUCGUACUUCCUCGGUGAGGUCGAACGCCAGACGGGUCAAUUCCAGGAAGCGAUCACAACUUUCGAAAAGAUCCUGGAGAAUCGCCCCUCAGAGCCCGGUGCUCUUAUGUCUCUUGCUCGAACAUACUUGGACCUUGGCUUGGAGGAGAGAUUCACUGGCUUGACCGCCAGAGCUGAAAGUUCGUUCAUCAAGACUCUCCGUGUUUCUCUUGACUUCCUAGAUUCGACUGCGGGAUUCAGGAGCGUAGCCUGGAAGGCUCUCUCUGACGCUCUCUACUACCUUUCCCAAGCCUCUUUAUUUGCAGACGACAACGAAAUUCGAGACAUCCUUUCCGAAGUCCGUGGUCUCAUUCAACUAGAUACAGGCGAACGACUUGCUGGUAUAAUACCUGUCCCAAUAGAAAUCCCAGCUAUCGUCACAAGUUUAGAUGUUCUCAAGGCCGCCGUUGUCGCGUUCAAUCAACGUAUCUCCGUUAGUCUACCGAACUCUUCGGCUACAGGAAGCGCCUGGUUCGACUUGGGAGUAGCGUUGAACUCGCUGGCUCGCCGGCUGUCGCCCGGGGAGCAGCUUGUAAAGGCAGAGAAACAGGCGGUGAGCUGUGUCGUCGAGGCCCUGCGAAACGACCCCAACGAAGAAGGAUAUUGGGUCGCUCUGGGAAAUAUUCAUUUCGAACAGCAGCCAAAAUUGUCGCAGCACGCGUAUAUCAAGGCGCUGGAGUCGAAUUCGAAAAAUCCUGCGACUUGGACGAGUCUGGGGUUGUUGUAUCUGCAUCAUGACGAUCCGGAACUUGCCAAUGAGGCUCUAUAUAAGGCCCAAACACUAGAUCCAGACUACACUUUGGCCUGGGUAGGUCAGGCCCUAGUAGCAACACGCAACGGACAUGAUUCGACGUCGACGUCGCUACUCGAGCAUGCAGUCAGUCUUACCGCAGAUAUCCCCGAAGCAGACCUUGAGUUUGGGAAGCGGGUGUUCGCUCGGCAUUCCCAGACCGUGCGUUCCCAGACUCUCGCCACCUCCGAUCUGUUUCCAGCGUUCUUCGUGUUGGACCGGUACGUCAAACAACGACCAGACGAUGCGUCUGCCCUCCACCUUUUCAGUCUCGUUUGCGAGCGAGUGGGCCAUGUUGAACGCGCUAUCGAGCUCCUCACAAGCGCGAUCGCCAUCCUGGAAGCCGCUUAUGAAGAUACCGAGGACCCCAUCGUCGAGCAGCAGUUCGUCAUCGCUAACACGAGCCUCGGGAGACUGCGUCUCACUGCGCACGACUAUUCCGGCGCAAUUGAGCCGUAUCAGACUGCGUUGGGAUUGCUGUCUUCAAAAGAAGAGGAAGAGGACAUCGACGAAACCACGAGGGUCCUGCUCACACAAUGCCGAUUUGGGUCAGCUUUGGCGAGCGUGAAGCUAGGUGAGGUGGAGGAAGCUCUGGAUUGGUUCGAUCAAGCGCUGCAGUCUGCAGGUGAGGAUGCCCGAAUGAAGGGCCAUAUCAGUGUGCUUCUGGCUCAGACACUUUGGAUAUUGGGCACGGAGGAAAGUCGGGAGAGCGCAAAGACCCAACUGCUCGAAUGCAUUGAAGCUGAUUCGGAGAAUUUGAACGCCAUCAACGUCCUGGCAGCACUGGGUAUAUCGACAGACGACGACAGUCUCGUCGACGCCGCACUCUCCGAAAUUCUGGCCCUCCCACUCGAUCGCCGACAGGAGCGAGAUCCCCAGCGGAAUGUUAAUCAUCUCAUACUGCAACAUCACCUAGGACAAGGUGAUAUUAUUGAGGCACUCUCCCAAGCGCAAAAGGCGGUUGUCGCCGAACCUUCUCGACAAGAUGCUAGAUAUGCACUUGCGUCGUUUACAUUACAGAGCGGGGAACCAUCUGCUGCUCGAGCAUCCCUUGCAGGCUUUGACGACGACAUCGAAAGUUCAAGGAAGUCGCUCGGUCUUUCUGCAGUGGCCGAGGCGCAGAGUGAUCACGAUUCAGGCAGCGCAAGACGUUUGGCACAAAAAGCGGUGAUGUUGAGUCCCUGGGUAAGACACAAUUGGGAAGCACUAGCAUAUGUGCAGAGUCGAUAG